CUCUUCACUUCCUGCCUCUCCCUCUCUCUGUCGCUGGCAGGUUGAGGUUUGUAGAUAGCACGCUAGCUGUGUAGCAACACGUGUUAUUGUUUUGUUAUUAAAAUAAAGUGCAGUAACAUGGGGAAGAAUAAGAAGAACCAAGCUAACGUGUCAGGAAAAGAAGCGGGCAAGGCCGGACAACAUUCAAGUGAUAAGAAGCCCAAACGAGAUGGUAAACCCAAGAAAGCCAAACCAGACCACCUCGAACACAUCCCCUUCAAGCUCCGUGAGAUAUUGAAAAGCAAGGAGAGAAUGAAAGCGGGACCCAUGAAGGCCAAAAAGCUAAAAGAGGUCAUCUCCCCUAAAGGUAAACCACAGGAUUCUCAGAGUGGAGACAUACCUGUCCCACAUUUCAAGAGAGGAAAGAAGGAAAGUGUGAAAGCAUAUCUGCGACGCAUGGAGAAUGAGACAAAACACGUCCUCUUCCUCACCAACAACCAAGUAGACCGAAAGCCUGAGCUGGAUGCAGACCAACAAGAGAAUCCCGUAGAGGGCAAGUCUGAUAAAAAGAAGGAGUACGAUAAAGUCAGAUUAGGGAGGCUACAGCUGAAGAAGUUGGACAGACAAGUGGCCAAGUUGGAAAAAGACAUGUUUGUAGAUAAUGUUCCCUUUGGUGAAGUUUCAAUGGCCCCGCCGUCUUUGAGCUUCAAACCCAAGAAAGCUCCAGUCAAAUCUCAGAAGACAUCAAACUUGCUUCUCAACUCUCUUCUCGGCCAAACGGUGGCCUCCGUAGGCAAGCCGUCCAUGGCCAGACAGAGAAUCAUGGAGGAGGAGCGGGUGCGAGCGGUGGAGGCCUACCGUCUUCUUAAGAAACAGAGACAGAAGCAGCACGAGGCCAGGCCUGCCAAUCUGGAAAAACUCAAGAACCCUCAGUGAUGUUUCAUGUCAAAGAGAAGUCCCGGACUUCAGUCAGCGCUGAAGCUCGGACACUGAAACAGAUGUUGUGAUCGACCAUCAGCAGACUUUAUGUGUGUUAUGUAACUCUGGAGCUGCCGGUGGGGGAGCUAACCACAGUGUAGCUAACUGUCAGGGGGACAAGCAAACAUUUGCAUCCGCUGCCCACAUUGUGAGGUAAGUAGUGAUCAACAUCCACCUGCAACUUUCAGUGGCACAUUGUGUUGACACUGUUUUUGUAUUUGCAUCUUUAGGAAGUCACCAUGACAUCAUUUGUGAUGUAAUGGGCAAUAAAAUCAUUAAGGCUACGUCACGGAAGCCAAAGAUAAACCUCCUAUUGUUUGCUGUGGUCCCACUAGAUGGCAGUCCUCCUGUAGAAAGUGGUGCUUGUAUGGAAGCUGACAGAACAGGCUGUUUUUAAAGAAAAAAAUUAUUUUUGAUUGCA